GGGCUGUCAGCUCCAUUUUGUGCUCGGCGUCCGUCGCAGCCAGCUGGGCGCUCUGCGUUGUUCACCUUGCAAGCUUUGCCUCCUCCAGCGUGGAGUCUGGCGGAACGAUGAGACACUCAAAGAGAACCUACUGCCCGGAUUGGGAUGAAAAGGAUUGGGAUUGUGGAAAAUGGAGAAGCAGCAGCAGUCACAAGAGAAGGAAGCGAUCACCCAGCAGUGCUCGGGAGAACAAGCGCUGCAAAUACAAUCUCUCUAAAACAUCUGAUAGCUAUUAUUUGGAAAGCAGAUCUAUAAAUGAGAAAGAUUAUCAUAGUCGACGCUACAUUGAUGAAUACAGAAAUGACUACAGUCAAGGAUGUGACCUUGGACAUCGCCAUAGAGACCAUGAGAGCAGAUACCAGAACCAUAGUAGCAAGUCCUCUGGUAGAAGUGGAAGAAGUAGUUAUAAAAGUAAACAUAGGAUUCACCACAGUACUUCACAUCAUCGUUCACAUGGGAAGAGUCACCGAAGGAAAAGAACCAGGAGUGUAGAGGAUGAUGAGGAGGGUCACCUGAUCUGUCAGAGUGGAGACGUACUAAGUGCAAGAUAUGAAAUUGUUGAUACUUUAGGUGAAGGAGCUUUUGGAAAAGUCGUGGAGUGCAUUGAUCAUAAAGCGGGAGGUAGACAUGUAGCAGUGAAAAUAGUUAAAAAUGUGGAUAGAUAUUGUGAAGCUGCUCGCUCAGAAAUACAAGUUCUGGAACACUUAAACACAACAGAUCCCAAUAGUACUUUCCGCUGUGUGCAAAUGUUGGAGUGGUUUGAGCAUCAUGGUCACAUUUGCAUUGUGUUUGAAUUACUGGGACUUAGUACUUACGACUUCAUUAAGGAAAAUGGUUUUCUACCAUUUCGACUGGAUCAUAUCAGGAAGAUGGCAUAUCAGAUAUGCAAGUCUGUGAAUUUUUUACACAGUAAUAAGUUGACUCACACAGACUUAAAGCCUGAGAACAUCUUAUUUGUACAGUCUGACUACACAGAGGCAUAUAAUCCCAAAAUGAAACGUGACGAGCGAACUUUAAUAAAUGCAGACAUUAAAGUUGUAGACUUUGGAAGUGCGACAUAUGAUGAUGAACAUCACAGUACGUUGGUAUCUACAAGACACUACAGAGCACCUGAAGUUAUUUUAGCUCUAGGCUGGUCCCAACCAUGUGAUGUCUGGAGUAUAGGCUGUAUCCUCAUUGAGUACUAUCUGGGGUUUACAGUAUUUCCAACACAUGAUAGUAAGGAGCACCUAGCAAUGAUGGAAAGGAUUCUUGGACCUCUGCCCAAACACAUGAUACAGAAAACCAGGAAACGUAAAUAUUUCCAUCAUGAUCGGUUAGACUGGGAUGAGCACAGCUCUGCCGGCAGAUACGUUUCCAGGCGGUGUAAACCUUUGAAGGAAUUUAUGCUUUCCCAGGAUGCUGAACAUGAGCUUCUCUUCGACCUCAUUCAGAAAAUGUUGGAAUAUGAUCCAGCCAAAAGAAUCACUCUCAAGGAAGCCUUAAAGCAUCCUUUCUUUUAUCCACUUAAAAAAACUAUAUAGAUUGUAUUGUAUAGCUCUCUUGAAGAGAUUUUAUAGACUGUAUCAGUCUACUUUUUAAAUACUAAGUUAUUUUGUACAGCUUUGUAAAUUUCCUAAAUUUUUGUAUUGCCAUGUUUAUUUUGUUUGGUUAAAUUGAUUUGUUAAUAAGUACAUAGCUAAAGUAAUAAACAUCAUUUUCAGUAAUUAUAAAAUGGUUUAUUCCGAAUAAACUUUGGGCUUAUGAAAUUUA